AUGUCGUCGCGAGCAGAUCACCCUCCCGAGCGGGAUUCAGGGUCCCCGGCGAAUGACCAACAGUAUGGCAUGUCCGAAGACAGACGAUCGCCAUAUCAACGAUCCUAUGGCUCAUUCGGACGACGAGCUAUACCACCAAGUGAUGGCCGAACAAGUGGAGAGCUCGAAGGGACUACACUAGGCAGCAGUUCCCGCGAUGGGGAUCGAAGAACCCUGAACCCACGCAGAACACAAAGCUCGGGUGGCUUCUUGCUGGAUUCCUUGCCUCGAUCCAAUAGCACCAGGAUUAGUUCGCAGCACCCGCGUCCAUCGGUUCUGCCUCCAGAGAGACGAAAUACCCCCGAUCCUGGUAUCGUCGUACCCAAGAAGCGAUCUCGGUUUCGAUGGAAUCGUCACAAGAACUCCGCCUCCGAGUCAGCUGCUGCUGCAACAACAACACCGACAGUGACCCUACAGACUUCGACACCGCCCCCUGAUGAUCAACGAUCUCAAAGCUCUUCAACAGCCGAGCCACCAGUGCAUGAUACGCAACAGAAUACAAGGGGGCUUGAUAGGGACUCCUUGCAGAUUGUAAAUUUGGCACUCAAUUUGAAUGAAUCUCGAAGGAGGAAUAUUUCUGGAAUGCCUGUGGGAUCUAAUGGACGCAGGCCAUUAUCUGUCUCUCAGCCUAUCACGGGACCUGUGGACCUACAGGGUCCAUCUUCAAUCGGAAAUCGUGCUUCGUACGACUUGUCACAUCGCAAUUAUACCCAGUUUCCAAACGAGUUGUCUCGUGCGCCACAGUCAGGUGGCCAGUCUCCAGUGGUAGAGUUCCUACCAGCUGCUGUAGUGAAUGAUACCCGGGCCUACGAGUUCUCUGAUAGCACCCUUGCUCGUGCGGAGAAGGCUCGCCGCCAUUUCGACCUAUUUCAUGAAUACCUACGACUGCUUCCUUUGCUCCCCCCUCUUCGGAACGGUCCGGCUACUGACGAUGUAGAUUCUUUGUCAAAUUCGGGUCAGAGGUCGGCAGCUCAUCGGGGCUACAAUCCCUUGCAAAUUAUCCGAAACAGAAGAAUCAGAUAUCGGGAAAAGUGUCCUAUUAAUGCAGAGGCAGAAGGUUGGCAUGAUACUGGGAAGGUACAUGAUUGGAUAAGCACCAUCGAAGAACAGUACAAUCACCAGACCUACGAUGAAACACAAUCUAUCAAGCUUCCUUCUUUCAAGCAAAGCCACUGGCAAACGUCCCAGGGAGAUCCUGAGGACAUGGAAAUCCUCGCCACGUCGCCACCAUCGAGUUUGCGACGCGUGAGCCGUACAAAUAGCGUGAAAGCGCCUCGAUUGCGACUUGACUGGAAGAUAUCACCGGCAGAGCUAAUCGCAGAUGUUGCUUGGGUUGAGGAUUUAUCUAACAAAGCCAAGAUCGUCGACAAGGAUGGUAACAAGAUCUACCCAGACCCCGCGGAGCUCGCAUUGUUGGAUCCCGAGGCCGAGCUCGCCGCUGCGCAGAAAGAGCACUUGGCGGUCAAUCAGGAACACUUUGCAGACGAUGGACACUCCUCUAGGCAUACAUCCAUGUCGAGUUCUCAUCCUGCUCGCACGGCUGAGUUCAAGAGCUUGAAUCAGGGCCGUCAAAGACACAGAUUUCAAACCCAUGCCCAAGGCUUGCGAAGCCGUAGUGCUUCUAGUUCGCGGAAGCGCUCACGGUGGGAUAAGAUGAAAAUGCGCUCAGGUAGCGUUUCCAGUGAUUCCAGUCGAGAGCGUCGCGAGUCGGUGGAUCGAAAAAAUUCGACGUUGGAGCAUUCGCGCAAGGACCUUGAAAAGUUGCUUCACGGUAGUUUGGCAGACUCAUCCGAAUCUCGGAUAUCCCGCAAAAGAUCCACCGCAACUGGAGCACACACAUCCAAAGCUAUGAAAGGGAACUAUGCUGCCAGAAAAGCUUCGUUGUCUUCGGCUGGAAGCAUUGAGGAUCGAUUGAACACAAGAAUUUCCUUAGAGGGAAUGGACAGCUCAGUUCCCAAUUCUCCUGCUCAAGCUAGUUACUUUCCCAGCAUCGCUGUCAAUUUGUCCCCGCCUUCGAGUCGGUCUCCCUCGCCUGCCAAGAAAGGUCUCCGCCACAAGAUUGUCGCGCGCCAUGAACGAAGCAAGAGCAAGCAAGGAGACCGAGAUAUUGGAGAGAACGGAGCCGAGGACUCGCAGCUGGACAGUGUGACGUCUAAUCCCUUGUCGCCUCCAUCUGAGCAAGCCGAAAUUGCCUCGGGGCUUGAGCCAAGCCCUCUUCCCGAUAUUGUGUCUUCCGUUUAUAAUGAUGACGGUAUGAAUGAAAGUCACCGUGUGGACUCUUACAGAGGACGCAAGGGUCAGUAUUCCGGCGAGUCUAAGCUGCGUGGGAUUCUCAAGGGCCCUGGUCGGAUAGCAGAGAUUGUUGGGAAUGAAGUUUCCAAGGUUGGAGAUCUUAUUUUGAAGAAGGAUUUACCCCCUGACUCCCGCAAAUCUUCGUCUGCGGACACGCUUGCAUCUGACUCUAGCGAUUCCGACGAAGAAGAAAAAAGAUUGGAUAAGCGGAAGGGUCUUCUGCGGCGCCAUCUUGCAGAUGAGCCUGGGCGCCUUAUUCGUCGGGAGUCGGAGAAGGGAACUCCGUCUAGAAGCUUCAUACCGACGUUACCAAGUUUCACAUCCCCGUUGCGACAAGAUGAAAGAAGCGGACAGAGUGAAGCAGUGGACUUUGACAGUCCUCAGGAGCGUGGCACUGCAUCCAAGAGAACAGGUUUAUCCCGAAGCAAAACCCUUGAUUUCGGCCCUGCGUUGAGUGCAAGCCGUGGUCGUAAGCCGCACGAAAUCAAGGAUCGCUCGGUCCCUUUCAGCCUCACUCGCCCCCCUGUCACUGGCCUUGCUCAGGUUUCCCCUGGAUCUCCGACAAAGAAAAGGCUACCUCUUUCAAGUUCUACCCGUGCCUGGAGUAUUUCAGGCCGCAGUUUGCAAUCCUUGAACGACUCCGGCAUUCCUGGGAGGGCGGAAGUUGAAAGAACCCGAACCCUUCUCCUAUCGUCCGGCAUUAAAGCCCGGGAGAUCAUCCGGCGAGCGCACAGUGUGCGCGACCCACCUCCCCAUUGGCUUCAAAGCUCCAUGGGUUCCACUGCAUCUAUCCCCCGAGUAACCAGGAUUGGUGAAGUUGACCUUGCCGCUCAGAAUUUCCUGCGCCGGUUUGAAAUGACUCAAUACUCAUUCCAGCAAUCCAUGCAUCACUUCACAACCACUACCUCCUCACCUCUCCACUCCCAGUUGAAAGACUUGGAAAUUCUCAUCGGCCAAAACCUGACGCCUCGUGUUCGAGCCACGGCUGAUGAAGCCGAGAACUUGUGUGUUCAACUCAAUACAACCAGCACGCUGGCCGUGAAAUCACUCAGCGAUGCGCUUGAUCGAGGUCUUCGAAAGCGUCGCCGCCGAUUGCGCUGGGUGCGACGUGCCGGUUUCGUUGCACUCGAAUGGGCUCUUGUUGGCAUGCUGUGGUGGGUCUGGCUAAUCGUUAUGGGCUUCAAAUUAGUGCGCGGUGUGUUUCGAGGAGCCAUUUCUGGUGCACGGUGGAUCCUUUGGCUCUGA